AUGUCGUUCCUCUACCCCAGACAAGACGCCUUGAAGGGCUGCUUCGCAUCCCCCUUGGCCCCUCAGCCGACGGCAAAACCGACCCGUUACCAGGCCCGUCCCGAGCUAUAUGGCGCUUUCUCCACCGUUGACGACGUCAAGGGUAAGGCUCAGAAGCUGAGCGCCGAGGCGACGGCCGAGUUCGAGAAGGCCAGCGCGAAGGCACAGGCUAAGACUGGGAAAAUUGAGCUCUACUCUGCCAAGUUCUACGCCGCCUGUACUGUCGGCGGUCUUCUGGCGUGUGGUCUUACACACACUGCUGUUACUCCUCUCGAUCUCGUCAAAGUACGCCGUCAGGUGGAUGCCAAGUUGUACAAGGGCAACUUCCAGGCCUGGGGCCACAUCCUCCGAACUGAAGGCUUUCGCGGGAUCAUGACCGGCUGGGGACCGACUUUCUGGGGGUAUUCGGCACAGGGAGCAUUCAAAUACGGCGGAUACGAGUAUUUCAAGAAGGCGAGUUAUCUACUCGUUUUUUACUCGGACUUGGCUGGACCCGAGAAUGCGGUCAAGUACAGGACACUCUUGUACCUUACUGCUUCAGCUUCCGCCGAGUUCAUAGCAGACAUUGCCCUCUGCCCCUUCGAGGCAGUUAAAGUCCGUAUGCAGGGCGGGAUUCCCUCGCCGUACAAGGGCACUCUUGACGGCAUUAGCAAGAUCACAGCCAAGGAGGGCUGGGGCGGUCUGUACAAGGGUCUUUACCCUCUCUGGGGCCGCCAGAUCCCUUACACGAUGAUGAAAUUUGCCUCCUUCGAGACCAUUGUUGAGAUGAUCUACGACCGGCUGCCGGGCCAGAAGAGCGACUACAGCAAGGCAGCGCAAACGGGAGUCUCCUUUGUCGGCGGCUAUCUCGCUGGUAUUCUCUGCGCUAUCGUCUCCCACCCGGCUGACGUCAUGGUCAGCAAGCUCAACGCGAACCGACAGCAGGGCGAGGCCUUCGGUGCCGCCAUGGGCAGGAUCUAUAAGGACAUUGGCUUCUCUGGCCUCUGGAACGGUCUGCCUGUCCGUAUCGUCAUGAUCGGUACUCUGACUGGUCUCCAGUGGAUGAUUUACGAUUACUUCAAGAUCUUCAUGGGUCUUCCGACGACCGGAGGCGCGGCACCAGCUGAGAAGAAGUAG